AAUGCUCCCUUUGUCACUGUUCUAUAAAAGGCCAAACCGAUCAUUUCCUCCAGUUGAAAGUUGAAACAUCAUAGUGGUAGUAAAAGGAUAAAAAUGUCAACCCCUCAUUGCUUUGAGAACCCACCAAGCAAGAGCACAGCAUGUGGAGCUGGAUCGGUUCAGGAAUUCGGUGGACUGACUACAUAUGUCACUGGCCCUCCUGAUUCCAACCUUGCCAUUCUUCUCAUUCAUGAUGCUUUUGGGUUUGAAACUCCAAAUUUGAGGAAACUCGCAGACAAAGUUGCAGCAGCUGGGUACUUUGUGGUGGUUCCUGAUUUCUUGUAUGGUGAUCCUGCUGAUGUCGGUAAUCCAAAAUUUGAUCGAGAAGCAUGGCUUAAAGCCCAUGACACGGAAAAAGGAUCUGAAGAUGCAAAACAAGUAAUUGCUGCCCUGAAAAGUAAAGGUGUGUCUGCCGUUGGAGCUGCAGGUUUUUGCUGGGGAGGGAUGGUAGUAGUAAAUUUAGCAAGUACUGAUGACAUACAGGUGGCAGUGGUGUUGCAUCCUGGUCCAUUAACAGAAGAUAAAAUCAAGGAGGUUAAAGUUCCGAUUGCUAUAUUGGGAGCUGAGAUUGACCAAUAUUCACCACCAGAGCAACUGAAACAGUUAGGAGAAAUUUUGUCAACAAAGUCUGAGCAGUUGGAUAGCUUUGUGAAAAUUUUCCCUGGUGUUGCACAUGGAUGGACAGUGAGGUACAAUGUGGAGGAUGAAUCUGCUGUAAAGAUUGCCGAGGAGGCUCAUGAGGAUAUGUUAAAUUGGUUUUCUAAGUAUGUCAAGUGACGAAAAUCGUAUACAUAUAGAAUGCAGAGACUAAACCAUAAUAAGGCAAUUGCUCUGAAGGGCCAGAUUUCAUAGCAGUCUCAUUUUUAUGAUUUCAGGAUUCUCUCUUGAUUAGCUUUCUCCAGACAUUACCAGUUAAAAGGCCUAUUGGACAUUGGUCAGGCAUGAAAACUCUUUCUCUUGCAUGAAUUUUACUUGUGUUCUGCUGCUACUGCUUCAUUUCUGGCAGGAUGAGUUGCAUUUUGCUUGGCUGGUUUGUUUUAGGCAUGUGUCGAUUAUACCAUUUGCAAGCUUGGCUUAUGGAGGAUUUAUUUGUGCAAAAAAAAAAAAUUAUAUAAAUGAAUAAAUAAAAUGCAUGCAUUGAGUGCUAUCACAUAAUAAGAAAAAAAAUUUUAAUUAAGAAUUGAAAAUUGUUUAGACAAGAAUCUUUAAAUAACACAAAAUACUAGUUCUAUUCCCCUCUAUUUUAUUAUUCCGCAAACAAACGUAUUAUUGAUGACUCGACGAGAAAUUAUUUGAAUAUAUAGUAAAGAUAGAUGACCAAAUUUCUCUUCAUGUGUGGUUCAUUUAUUAAGCCAAUGUU